CAGGAAUCGUAAUAUGCCAUCAUCUUUCAUAGGUUAUAUUUAUAUUUUUGCUCUGUGUAAUGRCAUAUGYAGCCAGCGCUAAUGGAAGUGGAAGUAGUACUUUUUCGUGUCCAAUAUGUUUGGAUAUCUUUGAUGAUCCGAUAGAAAUCCCUUGUGGCCACAGUUUCUGCAAUGAYUGUAUAAUGAGCUGUCUCAGUAAAGUUUCCAACAGUCAGUGCCCCGUCUGUCGAACAAGUUUCACAACUGUGCAGAUGACGGACAACAGAAUAUUGGCUAGAAUGAUGGAUACMACAAGUGAAAAGUGCUCUAAAUGCAACAAGAUGGUUGUAUUGUCAUCACUUAAAAAUCACAGGAAAGUGUGUUCAAGACUAUCAACUGGCACUACACAACCUCCAACAUUUCAUCCAGUAGCAGCUUCAUCUCAGCCUGCACAAAGAGCUGCAAACCGUUCAACAUUCAAGUGUCCAUAUUGCGAUAUGCUAAACCUUGACAGAGAAGGAAUGAUUGAACAUGUUAACAAUACACACAGGAACGAUCACAAGCAGGUGGUUUGUCCAAUCUGUGCAUCAAUGCCCUGGGGAAAUCCUGACCAAAAGAGUACUGACUUCAAACAGCAUCUUAACAUCAGACACAAAUUUAAUUAUGAUACAUUUGUGGAUUUUCAUGAGGAAGAGGAUGCUAUCUUACAAUCAGUUCUUCAAAUAUCCAAGACAGAUAUGUGAACUGCAUUCUCUUGAUAAGGAAAUAAUAUGAAAAGUAAAUGACAAAAAUUAUGUCACCUAAAUUCUCUUUGUUUUUGUCGUUUUUUCUGUCUCUUUUUACCAGAGCCAGUAACUGAUGGAAGAGGAACACCAAACUGUUUGCAGAGUCUUUUAAGUGCUGCUUCAUAAGCUGUAUUUAGUUUUGCAGAUUGCUGUAAAGCAUACUUUAAGUCCUCAAUUUCUUCAAAAAAUCCCUACAAUAAUCAUUGAAUUUUUUUAGUAAUUAGAAAAAAAAUACAUUUUGUAUAAAGUGAACCAGUCACAGACAUAAACCACUCACUUACUCUGUCAAGCAUUUUAAGCUCCUCUAAAAACAAAAAAAAGCAUUAGCUUUCUUCCCCWAUGUCUUUUUUUGCCUUGAAAAUUGAUUGUUACCUUUGAAUUUUUUCCUUUCAUUCAAUAAUUUGUCUCUUUCUUUGGUUACUCUGUCCAGGUCUGUUACUAAAUCUGUCAAAUGAAAGUUUAAAUAUUACUUUCAUUUUUAAUAGGAAGAGUCAUUAUUAGAUAAAUAUGUAUACACUAUAUUAUUAUUAGAAUCGAAUGAAGCACCUUAUUACACUACAGUUGGGUUUUGAAUAAUUAACUAGUUAAUCUAGUAGACUUUAAGGUGGGAAAGAAUACUACACAACAAUCAUUUUACAUAUCGUUUAAGAAUGUUGAUACCUCUUUUAGAUGGAGUUACUCUGUCUCUGAUUGACAUGUUAUUGAUUCUCAUCUGCAAUGUUUCAUUUUCUUUUUCUUGUGAUGAUAUUUUUUUCUGGGAUUCUUCUAACCUUUGUUUUAGUUCAAUAUUUUCAAGCUGUUAAAGGAAACAUUAUUACUGGUCAGUUGCUCCUAUGUUAUCAAUCUAGGCACCUUAUAAUUUGCUUAGAACACCAGAUUUAAUUUGCUCAUUAGAACUUCGCUAUCAGGCCUUUAGUGUUAGUGCCUUUUAUUUAUUGUAUUGCCAUUAAAUAUUAAUAAUAAAAG